UAGCCCAUCCCUCCAUCUCAGGGUGGAGGACCAGAAGAGGAGGAUGUGGAGGUACCGUCUGCCUGGCUAUGAGUUGAGGCUCCUGGAGGAACUACAGAGACAGAAGCACAACAGUCUCUACUGUGAUACCCUGCUACAGACUGAUGGUGAGAGGGGGAGGGAGGGAGAGACAGCAGUCUACUGGGAUACCCUGAUACAGACUGAUGGUGAGAGGGGAGGGAGGGGAGACAGCAGUCUACUGUGGAUACCCUAUACAGACAUGGUGAGGAGGGGGAGGAGGGGGAGAAGAGGUGAUGGUGAGGGGGAGGGAGGGAGAGCAGCAGUCUACUGGAUACCCUGAUACAGACUGAUGGUGAGAGGGGGGGGAGGGAGAGACAGCAGUCUACUGGGAUACCCUUACUACAGACUGAUGGUGAGAGGGGGAGGGAGGAGAGACAGCAGUCUACUGGAUACCCUGAUACAGACUGAUGGGAUGAGUGGCGGAGGGAAGGGGAGGGGGAGGAGGAGGGAUGACGAGGGGCGGGUGAGGAAGCGACAGCAGUCUACUGGGCUACCCUGAUACACGACUGAUUGGUUUGAGAGGGGGAAGGGAGGUGAGAGAGGGGGCGUGAAGAAGGGAGAGACAGCAGUCUACUGGGAUACCCUGAUACAGACUGAUGGUGAGAGGGGGGGGGAGGGGAGAGACAGCAGUCUACUGGGAUACCCUGCUACAGACUGAUGGUGAGAGGGGGAGGGAGGUGAGAGAGGGGGUGAGGGGAGAGACAGCAGUCUACUGGGAUACCCUGCUACAGACUGAUGGUGAGAGGGGGAGGGAGGUGAGAGAGGGGGGGGUGAGGGGUGAGGAGAGCCAGCAGUCUACUGGGAUACCAUGCUACCAGACAGAUGGUGAGAGGGGUGAGGGAGCGAGAUGAGAGAGGGGGGUGAGGGAGAGACAGCAGUCUACUGGGAUACCCUGCUACAGACUGAGGGGGAGGGAGAGACCGCAGUCUCUACCAGAGGAGGCUGGUGGUAGGAGCUAUAGGAGGAAGGGCUCAUUGUAAUGGCUGGAAUGCAAUCAGAGCAUGUGAGCGGGGUUGAGCAGUUGGAAAUCCCACUCGUGGCGCUCCGCGUCCUUUCCUACCGCUCAGCUAAAAACCUCUCCGCGCUCACAGGGGGGAAAAAAACUGCCGCUCCUUUCAUUAAAAUCACAAUUUAACCAACACCAAUCUAUAUUUGUGACUACCUGGACCUACCAUUUGGUUUUUAAGUAUUGAAACCAAUCCAUAUGGAUUUAAAUGAGAAGUAUUUUAAUAAACAUGAAAAGGUGAAUGUAAGACACAAACAUUUUCAAAUAGGCUACUUGUCAUAUUAAACACUGUAACUAGGUCAGGAGCCAGACAGGAACGAAAGUGAAUUAUUUAGGCUGUAUUAUUUCAGUUAUUUCAAGGCUGUAGCCUACAAAGAAAACAUUGUGAAGCAUUUGCUAGUGCAACACACUAGCCUGGUAGGGACAUUAAGCUCUCAGCAUUUAAACAGCAUUUAGUUGUAUUAAAUCAUUAUAGUCUAUAAAUUGCACAUAAAGGCUGUGACUUACUUAAUUAAAUGAAAAAUCACUUAUUAGUGCCUUUGAAUUCAUUUUUAGAAACACCAGUUUGGCCAGUCUUCAGUUAUGACCUAUUGUAUAGAUAAUAGAACCAAAAUGAAGGAAACUUUUAAGAGAUCAGAUUUUUAGUUUAUAAAUACUUUGCUACAAUGACACACUUAGUUAUCUACCCACCUCAUUCCUUACUUUUAGCAUGUGCACGUAGUAAGUACCCCAUCAUGCUUUUGGGACGUGUGUAUUUUCAGAUUCCACAAUUAUUCUUUAGUUGUGGACAUUACAUCACCACACUCCCUCUCUUGCUAUUGGUCCUCAUCUUUGUAAGUCAUCUUGAUUUAGCACCUGUGUGUGUUAUCACUUUCUUUAUGAAAAUAUGUAGUGAACUCCAUGACAGUAGCUAAAGCAAGUGGCUAUAGCAGCACACAAGUAGACUACAAAUGCAUGCUGGGACGGCGUGCCCUGAGCUGGUGAAGUGAACACUACUGGAGCGCUAUUGGAGCGAAUGUGGAGCGGGCGAGAAGGCCGACGCUCCAGCCUUUAGGAAUCUCUCUCCACGAUCCAGUCAAACUGGGCACGCUCCGCUCACAUACUCUGGAAUCAAUGGAACGCUAUCAAACAUAUGGAAACCACACGUUUGACUCCGUUCCAUGAAUUCCAUUCCAGCUGUUACAAUGAGCCCGUCCUAUAGCUUCUUCCACCAGCCUCCACUGGUCUCUACUGUGAUACCCUGCUAUAGACUGAUGGUGAGAGAGGGAGAGGGGGGAAGGAGAGGUUACCCUGCUACGGACUGAUGGAGGGAGGAGAGGGGGAGGGAGGGAGGAGAGGGGGAGGGAGGGAGGAGAGAGGGGGAGGGAGGGAGGAGAGAGGGGGAUGGAGGGAGGAGAGAGGGGGAGGGAGGGAGGAGAGGGGGAUGGAGGGAGGAGAGGGGAGGGAGGGAGGAGAGAGGGGGAGGGAGGGACAGUAAUGACAUGAUACAAAGUAGCCAAAUGAUUGAUGUAAGUUAUGGAGACAAUGAGGUUCAUAUUGAGGAUAGUAAAGGGAUCAAUCAAAUCCAACUCCCAUUCCUCCUCUCCUUCCACAUGCCCUUCGUUAAAACCUAGACAUUAGGCCUACAUCACAUUUCUUCACCUGCAUUACAAAUGGAGCUAAUGACGUCACAUUUCUCUCUUCUCACAGGUUUGUCAGUCCCGGCCCACAGCUGCAUCCUGGCUGCCCUGAGCCCCUACCUGUCCAAGGCCCUGUCCACCCAGUCAUCCCCCCUCCCCGCUGGGCAGAGAUGGCCACUCAAGCUCCAGGCUGUGAAGGCCCAGACCCUGCUGAAGCUGGUGGAUCUCCUGUACUCCGGAGAGCUGGAGGGAGAGGGCACCAUGGAACAAGAAGAGGUGAUGGCCGCAGCCUGUAAGCUGGGUAUAGGCCGCUUGGUGGAGGGGUGGAAGGAUAGGGGGAGGGAGGGGGGUGAGGAGAGGAGGUGUAGUCUUACAGAGGUGGGAGUGCAGACAGAGGGAGGAGAGACACAGGUGGACGUGGGGGCGUUCGUGGAGACAGGGACACAGACUGAGGACUGUAAUGGAGGUAUUUGCAUGACUUUCCUCAGUCCUCUCCCUGGUGCUCUCCCUACAUCCACACAUUCACCCUCACCUCCAAACCCACCCCUCCUACUAGUCCAGAACAGCAGUGAAGGACAGCAGCACACAACUCCCUCAGCACCCCGUUCCCCGAGUCCCCGGAUUAUGACCCCCACUUCACACCCCAGUUCCACCCCACCCAGCGUCAAAGCAAUGGUCAACGGUGGAACAGCUCCCUUUAGAACCCACGCUUGGACCGCCGAAACGGAGGGGUAUUGCACCGACGUCACAAACCCCUCAUCGUCCUCUGUUGUCCUGGGCAGUGACCACCCCACGACGCCCCGGGAGAAGAGUGCCGUCCCAGAAUGCUCUGUGACGGAGAAGAGGGAGCACACUGGGACGGGAGAGGGAGGAGGAAGGAGGGAGUGUUUGGUGAGGAGAGGUAAGAUGGGGAGACAGCUGAGGUUUUUAAAUCAUCUUUCAAACCCCGGGGCCUUGAAUCAACGAUUUGACUGUUAUUUUCGACAUCCUUUGUGUUUUUAUAUAUGAUAUUUGGCAUGUACUGUAAAGUGUGUUGGCGUUUUUAAAUGCACUGUAAAUAAGAUGUGAUGUGAUUUUGAGGUGUGGUUGGGAGGAAGUGCCUGACCGGACAGAGGCUGGAGAACACUCAGAUCUCCAUGAAGGUCAAGCUGAGGAGGAGGACCAGGGGACAGGUAGGUGGUCUGUCCAAAAUGGCACCCGAUUCCCUAAAUAGUGCACUACUGUUGACCUGGGCCCUGAUGUAAAAUAGGCUUUAUCAAUACAUUUGAUUGAUUGAUUGAUUGAUUGUUUGACAGGUGUGGGAGCUGGUCAGUGGGCAGGAGAGGGACGGAACCAUCUCACCUGGUCUUAGGCAGGAGAGGGACGGAACCAUCUCACCUGGUCAGAGGCAGGAGAGGGACGGAACCAUCUCACCUGGUCUUAGGCAGGAGAGGGACGGAACCAUCUCACCUGGUCAGAGGCAGGAGAGGGACGGAACCAUCUCACCUGGUCAGAGGCAGGAGAGGGACGGAACCAUCUCACCUGGUCAGAGGCAGGAGAGGGACGGAACCAUCUCACCUGGUCAGAGGCAGUCGGUCCUCGCUGCUCUGAAGAAGGUGAAUGGCACAAUAACUGAUACCGUUCUAAUACUUCCAAUGCCAUUCUAACUCUGAUUGUUGUCAGCAAAGUUAAGAGAUGAAUUUGAGGGCUCCAUUUUUACUCUAGAAAAUGUUUGCCUGUUAGUUUACAGUGAAUGGCCAUUACCAUGUUAGUAAGCCAUUGAUGUGUUUUUGAAUACCCUGUCCAUUACUCAAGUUAAUCUGAGCUGGCAAAACAGCAGCACAAGUCAAAAUAUAUAUUUCCUAAAAAUGUAUCUUGAAACCCUGUUCAGAUGAAACCCUGAUGAAGGCAGCAUAGCUGUUGAAACUUUGGUAUAUAACAUGUAUUGCAUCGGAGCCAAAUGGGCUUUUAUUUUCUCAGUGUUCUUUUCUCAGUAUGUCUCCUUUUAUUAUUUCACGGCAGGAAACAGAAUGCAUGAGGACAAGACAACUACCACACCAGUCUCUCCACCCACCCCAGUUCCCAGCCCUCCCCCGAAGCUCUCCCCUCGACACAGCUUUCCUCACCCCUCCACCAGACCUCCCAAUCUCCCCACUCCGAUCCCACUCCCACUCCACCUCCAAUACCACCGCCCAGUCAAUCUCCCUUAACCACUGCAGCUCCACCCACCAUCCGACCCCACACCCAGUACAUCAACCCCAGCUCGCCUUGCCCCAGCCUCCGGUAUCUUCAUUUAUUUUACGAUUUAAAAAAAAAGGCAAUUCAAUCACGCAUUUAAAAUGAUCAAGGUAACACAGAAAAUGUUUAACAACGUAUUUCUGUUGUGGUCCUCUUGUUUUGGCCAGCAGGUAGAGGAAUCGGACGAGCAGAUCGAGAAGAUGCUGGAAGACAUCAUGAUGGGGUUGAACAUACUGCCCCCUAUGGUUCUGGAGAAGGAUUGCGAUCGGCACCACCAUCUCCAAAGCCACGACAGACCGUCGGCCUGCUCCUGCUCGCAUCAUCCCGUCCACGCAAGGCAUUGUGGGAUGCACAGCGCCAUUGGCUCGGCUUCUCGUUGCAUGUGUUCGCAACGAGAAGGAAGUGAUGCGUUGUCGACUGAAACAGGUAUGUUUUGUUACAUGUUAUGUGAUCGAACACCUUUCUCUACUGAGAAGGCUUCAUAUUUAUAUUUCAGUCAUUUAGCAGACGCUCUUAUCCAGAGUGACUUACAGGAGCAAUUAGGGUGCCUUGCUCAAGGGCACAUCGACAGAUUUUCCACCUAGUUGGCUCGGGGAUUCGAACCAGUGUCCUUUUGGUUACUGGCCCAGCGCUCUUAACCACUAGGCUACCUGCCGCCUUUAAUCUGAACCAGGCUCCUUGUUAACUAUGUUGUAAGGCUUUCUAGCUACUUAUGUCAGUGUUUCACAACUAAUCAUCAACUUAGCAGUUUAAGUAGAAUCAGGUGUGCUUGUCAAGGGCUUGAUGAUUAGUUGAUAAGUAGAAUCAGGUGUGCUUGUCAAGGGCUUGAUGAUUAGUUGAUAAGUAGAAUCAGGUGUGCUUGUCUGGGGCCACAACAAAUAAAUACUGUUGGGGGUACUGGAGGACCGGAGUUGGGAAACACUGACUUAGUCUAUGUAUGAUAAAUCAUGUACAUUUUAAAUGCCUGCCCUUCCUCAGCUACUCACAGCACUGCUUGCACUUAUCUAUCUCACAGUGUAAUCCAUUACAAUAGAUCAAUAUUAGCACCCACACUUAGCUACCACCGGCCUCACCCCCCUCUCUCUCUCUCUUUCUCAAGCCUUCCACUCCAUCAUCUCCUCCCAUUUCGUCACCACGACAACCACCUGCACCGUCACCCCUGACCUUUACCUGGACCCCCAACCUCUGACCCCUCACUGCUCCACCCCCCACCCCUCCACCCCCCACCACCACUCUCACCCUCACUUCUCCUGUAAUGAUUACUCCUCUGACUGGACCGAAUGCAACCGGGCUUCCUAUUGUUCAGGUGUACUCCAGUGCUCCUCUGAGAACGCCAAGAACCACCAUGAACUCCUGGUCCGGUUCCAGAACCAGAACUCUCAGAACCAGGAACUCCAGAACCGGAACUCCAAGAGCCUGGUGGUUGGAUGCGGUGGCAGCAGCAGCAUCAUACCAGUCCACUCAGGCCCUUCACCAAGGCCUCCCCACCACCACCAGUCCCUUCCUCAGAGCCAGGCCUCUCUACCUUACACAGGGGAAGAGGACCGAGAUCCAGGGUGCUGGAAGGGUUCUUCAGCCCAGACAGGCGUUCCGUCGACAUCCAAAGAGUAUGUUUGUAAUCUGUCCUCUGCGGAUUGUCUGUCGACCAAUGGAGAGACCACUCCAAGUCAAGUGAAUGGAGACACUACUCCAAGUCAAGUGAAUGGAGACUCUACUCCAAGUCAAGUGAAUGGAGACACUACUCCAAGUCAAGUGAAUGGAGAAGCCAUUCCAAGUCAGAGUCUGAGUCAGGCCAGUACGAAUCACGAAGUUCCACAAGAAGAAGAACCAAUGGCUGUCACCCCCGGUUUCCUCCCCCCCUCUGAAACGGAUGCUUCUGAACCACAACACCCAGCAUGCCCACCAGAUGCCACUCCCGGGAGAGGACUAGGUUUCCCAGAACUCCUUUCACUGCUGUCUCGAGGAAGUGAAACCCAGCCUUCCCAAUCUCCUCCUCCACAUUGGGAAGAGCUACGCCUGCCAAAAUGUCUCUCACCCUUAAAUUCGCCGGAACCCUCACCACCACCUUCUCCGACGAAACCCUUCCUUAAAUCCCCAUUCCGGCAUCCUGCUACUCCAUUCCAUAGAAUCCCUCAGCUGUCAAAGCUACCACCUUGGCUCUGCCGCACUCCGAGAAGACUACAGUUUCCACUUAGCUCCAUGAUUCACUCGCCACAUUCCCGUGGAAAUCUGUGUGAAUCUAAGAAAUGCCUUUUGCUGCCGUUGGAAUCCAACAACAACUCCGAGCAGAUGACUGAUGGUCAAGACAGGGCUAGCAUUAGCAACAACUCAAGACUGGCCGGCAAAGAGGGCGAGGAGGAGUGGAAAAGGAAGAAGGUCGUGACCACCACUACGGGGCGAAGGCUUGAGAAACCAAAGGCGAAGAGAAGCGAGGGAGAUGAAACCUUGAAGCCCCACAGUAACAGGAAGAGAAUCCGUGUGAGGAGAAAGGAGGGUUUUGAGGCGGAGCAGGGGCGAAGGAUUGAGAAACUGAAAGCAAAGACUGAGAGAAGCCAGGGGGAUGAAACCUUGAAUCCACCCAGGAACAGGACGAGAAUCCAUGAGAGGAGAACAGAGGGUUUGAAAGCGGAGCAGGAACAAUCAGAGGACAGCGAGACCCUGGAGCCUCGUCGGAAAAAGAGGAAACGCAACGUCUCUACAAAGAUAGAAGUCGGGGAUGAAGAUAUAAAGACUGAAAGAGUGAAACUCAACGACGGCACGAAGACUGAGAACGGACAAGUGAAAAUAAGUAUCUGCUCUGUCAGUCUGGCAACCAACAAUGUCUUAGCGAGUGAACGAUUAGGACGGUACCUUUCCAACACCUCCACCACCUCCACAAAGUCUUUGUCCAGCCUUGGUGAGGAAGCCAACGGACCUCCAGAAGGAAUAAAGAGGCUGAGAAGGGAAAUGGGGAACCCAGUAAGGGUGCUCCGAGCCAGGGAUCGAGAUGUGAAGCGCCCCCCUAACGUUUGGACCGCAACCAGGAGCUGCUCCCCAGUAAAACUUCACCAAGAAGACCAGCCGUCUAACGUGUCUUCUGAAACCCCCAGUCCUUCCAUCUCCAGGUUUCAAGCUCUGGCCAAUGCAGUUGGACUGCUCCAAAUCCCACCAACACCACCCCCGAA